GCUGCUUCAGCGUUUUCUAAUCCAGCACCAGAUCCUUUUUUAGGGAAGGAAGGUGAUGGUGAUGCAGAACAGAGCGGGGGAGCAGACACAGAUGAUGCAGAGGCGUUUGAAAGAAACGCUUUUUCACAUCAAUUCGGGGAAAGUUGUGAGACGUAGCGGCAGCAGCAGGUGAUUACCAGCUGAUCCGAUCAGCUGACCGAUCAGCUGAUCUGCCGUCAGUCCGGUCGGUGCAGCUCAGACCCUCCGGUGUGACAGAAAACGAUUUGGAAACCGUGAAAACUCUGCGAUUACGUGACUUGUCCGGUUGUUUUAUCACGUCACGGUGGUGAAGAGUGACUAGUAAAGCGUUUACCUGCACAAUGAACGUGAGGAAAGUGGAGAGGACGGUUCUGAGUGUGGAGCAGGGUGAGGGAGUCGGCGCUCGGGUUCGCAGGAGCAUCGGUAGGAAGGAGCUGAGGAACUUGGAUCCUUUCCUGAUGUUGGAUGAGUUCAGAGUGAGCAAGCCGGCAGGUUUUCCAGACCAUCCUCACAGAGGAUUUGAGACGGUGACGUAUGUUUUACAGGGAAUCACAGCUCAUGAAGACUUCUGUGGCCAUUCGGGUCGACUGAAACCUGGAGAUCUGCAAUGGAUGACUGCAGGUCGGGGCGUGGUCCAUGCUGAGAUGCCCAUAUCCGAGGAGCCGGUGGUGGGUUUACAGCUGUGGGUGAACCUGCCGAGGCGAGACAAGAUGGAACCAGCGUACCAGGAGCUCAAAGGCUCAGAGAUACCCAAACCCAGCCAGGGAGGGGUUACAGUAGCUGUGAUAUCUGGAGAAGCUCUGGGAGCAAAGUCGAAGGUCUUCACAAGGACACCGACCGUUUACCUGGACUUCAGACUGCAGGCCGGAGCCCAGCAUGUGCAAACAGUCCCUAUAGGAUGGACUGCAUUCAUCUAUACACUGUCAGGAUCCAUUCAUGUCGGUCCAGAUCAGGAGCAGCAGCAGGUCGAGCCUCAUCACACUGUGGUGUUUGGAGAUGGAGACUGUGUCAAGGCUGAAAACAAGGGCUCUGAAGUUUCCCAUUUUGUGCUGAUUGCUGGAGAACCAAUCAACGAGCCGGUGGUACAACAAGGUCCAUUUGUAAUGACCACAGAGGAGGAGAUCAGACAGGCUAUUAAGGACUACGAGACUGGCAGAAAUGGCUUUGAAAGGGCUUUAAACUGGAGAUCCAAGAUCAGAGAUUCUGUCUGAAUGCUAUGUGUUACACUCUUUUACCUGGUGGAACUUCAGGCUGCUAAAGAAUCUAAUUUAUGGAGAUUUUAGUUUUGUGAUAAUUAUGUAAAAAGUUUUUCUGUUGGCCAUUUGUAUUUUGGGUAUUUGCAGUGUAUGUAUAUGAAGGACAUUUAGUAGUUUUUCCUAUUUCUACUUGUUGUGCUUCAUGUGGGAGUGGAUGAUGUACCCACUUGUUAGCACAUUGCCUUCUCCUGUGUAAAAUAUAGAUUAAUGGGAAAAUG